UGAAGCCCAAAGGCUGGAGUUAGAAAGAAGACUGAUGGCAUACAUAACGUCUGAUGCAUACCUAAAGAAACUAAGAUACACGAGGCUGAAAAAAUGCUUGAAAGAAAUAGAUGAACAACAAAAAAGAGCUCUUCUGUGAAACCAGGCCUUCUGGAAAGAGUUUGACCAAUUUGAAGCUCAUAUGAAAGCUUCAACUUCAGCGAUGAUUCAGAAGAUGGAAGCGUGGUACAGAAAAGAAAUUAAAAGCGCAUUAUCGCUUCAAGAGGGUAACUUGUCAGCAGAAGGUGACAAGGAAGAAGAAUACAGCAAGCAGGUGCCACAGGUUGGAAGACAGGCAGGAAUCGGCCUGAUGACAGCCGUGCCAAGAGGACUGUAUCACCCAGCAACAGUCUUUAUGGGGCACCGCACACCAGCUGUCUCAGCUUCUGGGGAUUUGGGCACGUGGCAGAAACCCCCCGAGCCCAUAGAGAGCUGCUUGGCACCUGACUUGCCUCCGUCCUCUCCACCACUUGAGGGGCUUGGUGCAGAGAGCAGAAGCGCUAGUUCAGAGAGCGAUGGAGCAGCGAGACGAAGGGAUCAGGCCAACAAUGAAGAAGGCUCCAAGCAGCUCAUCUCCUCAGCGCCUGACCCUAAACCAGCCACUGAGGACGAGGAACAGCUGCAGGGAAGCAUCUCAGGACCAAAGCCUUACCUGAGGACUCAUAAGAGGGUGAGCUGCGAAGGCAGCGAUGAGCUCCAAGUCCUGGGGAGCACCGAGGAGGUGAUGCUGAGCACUCCCAACGUGCUGUCAGCUGGCUGGGAGCGGGGCAGGGAUGCCUAUGCUGCAGAGGGUUCCCCACCAGAACCACCAAACCCUCCCUCCGGGCAGGAGGAGCCGUCAGGUACCCCAGCGCUGGCUGGGUACAGCGUGAUGCCGACGGGACUCUCUCUGGAUGUGGUGGCGAGGACGAGCCCCUGGCACCAGGUGCUCUACCAGGGCGAGCACAUGGGGACAGUGGAGCCGAUCAACUUUUGUAAUGGGGCCGUCGGUCUGGGAGAAGAUGACCUUGAAGCAUGUGAAGCGGUCGUCCUUCAUCAGCUUCGGGCAUUAUCACAGAGCACGCUGAAUGGCUGGCUCCCACCUGAGAAAACACUUGAUGCUGAAGGUAGAGCGGUGGCUGAAAAGCAAACCAGGCCAGAGCAGCCGCAGAACGUGGACAUGCCGUGGACUCACUUGAGCAACCACGCCUUGUUCUUGAAAAAGCACCAGGUUCAGCUCCUGGAAGAGGUGGCGACGAUGUUUGAAGGCCUGCUGGCUUCCAGCGAGGAGGUGCCGCACAACCAGGCUCUACCGGUGUUGAGGGAGGUCCUUCCAGAAGAGUGUGGGGAUAGGUCAUCUCUUCAGAGCAAUGAAUCAUCUUGCAAUCUGCCAGCGAUCCUGAGCGACGGCGGGGAAAUAAAGCAGGCAAACCAUGCUCCCCAGCUCACCGUUGCGGGAGAGCAAGUGUGUUCACAUCCCGAAGUCACAAGCUGGUGUGGAGAUGAAAGCAAGGAAGAAAACGUGGUCAAAAAGAUUCCUAUUACAGGUUGGGACAGGGGCGAUGAUAGCGCCAAAGCAAAACCAGGCCAAGAAAUGCAUCGGGAAACGAGUCCUUCCUCGACUGAAAGAAGUCCUUCUGUCUCAAGGAGUGAAACCAGGAGAAGGGGAACAGUAACUGCGAUAAAAUCCAAAGCUUUCUGGGGCGAGUCUGACGACAGCAGCUCCGAGCUUGAGGCUGCUCUGCGCCCACGAACACAAGGCACAGAAGACGAUGAAUUCGAUGACUUCUAUGAUUAA